AUGUAUGUAAUGGGACAAACCGUUCAAAAGCUGCUUGAAUGUGGGAUUUGGGUGGAUAUGAAAACAUACUUUUUGACUAUGGAAGCACGGUGCUCAGGGUUUUACUUCAGUAUUGAUUUGGACGAAGAGUUGCGCAUGAAAAAUAUUUUCUGGGCAAAUGAGAGAAGUCGACAGACAUGGCUACAGUGCAUUAAUAGCCAAGCUCCCAAUGGGAUAAUUACCGAUCAAGAUAGGGCAAUACAGAACAUAAUUCAGAUCGUGUUUUCUAAUACGAAGCACAGGUGGUGUUUGUGGCAUAUAUUGAAAAAAUUGCCGCAGAAGUUUGAAUUUCAUGUUGAUAAAACUUCGAUCUUUUCCACUAUACAUGGAUUAGUUUAUGAUUCUCAAUUUAUUGAAGAAUUUGAAAAGGGUUGGCUAGAGAUGAUAGAAACAUAUAAUUUGCAGGACAAUGAAUGGUUGUUAGGUCUUUACGAGAAUAGAUCUCAUUGGGUUCCUUGCUAUUUGAGAACCACUUUUUGGGCAAUGAUGUCAACAAGUCAAAGAAGUGAGAGUAUGAAUGCAUUUUUUGAUGGAUAUGUUCAUUUGAAGACCUUGUUAAAAUCCCACAUGAGGGUUGCUGUGAACUACGUCGGGUUGGUUAGUACCCCAGUACAGUUGAUGUACGACAAGAUGGUUAAAUCGUUUGCUACAUUGGAAAACCUCACUUGUGAUGAUGAUGCAAAAUCUGGUUCCAUAUUAAAAUGGAUCGAAUCUUAG